UCCUCCUCAGCAUCACCUCACGUGUGCUGCUCCGUCCAUCAGCCCUGCUCGUGACGGCUCUGGUCCACAGGUGAUAUCUAUUAUCUCCCCUCUUAUGCGCUCAGGUGUCGCGUCCGUCCACUGGUCGUCCUUCUUCCAGUGAGCUCCGUGUUUAGUCGCGGGCUUGGGUGAGCUGUGGUCGGCAGAGAUUAUUAUGAGUGGUCGUUGAGCAUGGCGGACAGUCAUCUGGAGUACCGCUACCUGGAGGGCGAGCCCGGGGGACAGCCUUACACCGAGGACCCGGAGCUGAUGGCCAUCAAGGCCAGGGUUCAAGAGCUGGAGAUGGAAGAAGAGGCAGAAAGACUGAAGGAAGAAGAGGAUGAAAGAUGUGAUUUAGAGGAGAUGCAGCUCCUGGCCAGCAGCCCACAGCCAGGACCUUUCUACAAUAUGACUCCUGAGGAGAGGAUAGAAGCAGACAACAGAUCAGUCUAUGUGGGAAAUGUAGACUAUGGAGCUACUGCAGAUGAGCUGGAGAUCCAUUUCAAUGGCUGUGGUCCUGUCAACAGAGUAACCAUCCUGUGUGACAGGUUUUCUGGUCACCCCAAGGGCUUUGCUUAUAUCGAGUUCUCUGAUCAAAGCUCUGUGCAGAGUGCCAUUGGUCUACAUGAGACAUUGUUCAGAGGAAGAGUCCUCAAGGUAAUGCCAAAGAGGACCAACAUGCCAGGAAUCAGCACCACUGACAGGGGAGGCCACAGAGGAGGUCACUCCAGAGGCAGAGGCCGAGGCCGUGGUUACCGCCCUCCCAGAUACCAAAACAGCUUUCGGGGCAGAUUCCGGUACCAGUCAGCGAGACCCCAACACCAAUCACCUCACCCUUACUAUGGAGGACAGUCAGUAGGGAAGAGACAGUGGGGACACGUGGACUACCAUGAACAAACACAGAAACGUCACCCAUGUCUUCUACUCAUCACACCACCAUCAGAGGAGUUGGGGGUUGGGUCAAGUGGACAGCACUACCCACAGCGUUAGCACUACCCAGAGUUCAUGCCGUUAAGGAUGUGAUGAUUUUAAACCACACAUGCUUUCAGGCAUUUGAAAGCAGACUGGAUCCCAGGUGUUUCAUUAUAAGCAUAUGUUGCUGUGAAUGCAUGGGACAAUGUUCAAAUUGUCAUGCAGUUGAAUCUGUUUUUACAAGUUGAUGGGAAUGUUUUGUCAUUGGCUGUAAUAUAUAACCCCCCCCCCCACC